AGCACAAUGUUAUUGGUGAGCGAGCUACCUGUGGCAAGAUGGCCGCCAUGUGCGGACGUUCGAUCCUUUGGCCGAGACAUCUAGCCUUUUUAUAUAUAUCUAUGGUACGGCCGACUCGCGGCUCUGAACGUCACCACAUACGUCAUCAACACAAGCCUCGAUACGUGCGUCACAAAACACUCCCUGGAUUACUCGAAACACACUUCGAAGCCUCGACACGGAAGGAUACAACACUACAGACCGUCCAGAGAAAUCGAAGGUGCAAUGACCCGCCAUGGAAAGAAUUGCACGGCAGGAGCUGUUUACACGUACCACGAGAAAAAGAAGGACACCGUCCAGAUGGAUUCUUGUAUGACAAACAGGCCAUUCUUGAAUACAUUCUACACCAGAAGACGGAUACUGCCAAAAAAAUGAAGCUGUAUGACAAGCAGAAAAGGGCACAGAAGAGCAGCAGCCAGCUUGAGUCCAAGUCGGAGGAAAGGGAGAGAGUGGAGAAGUUUAAAACCAGGGAGAACAGCAUCGUUUCCAAACCCAUCAACCCAUUUAUAUCUGGGCAGAACAAAGGAAUUGAAAAGGGCAGGACAGAAGGCAGUUCAGUAGAAUCCUCGACUGUCUCCUCAGCUUCAACUUCAAUCCAGAGCCUUCCCAGUUUCUGGAUCCCCUCUCUGACUCCAGAGGCCAAGCCCACUCUGCUCAAAAAACCAAGUAAGGCUGUGUUGUGCCCCAUGUCAGGACGACCAAUUAAGAUGAAUGAGCUUGUCACAGUGCGCUUCACUCCCGUGGACCCAAGCCUGGGCCGAGUGGCCUUGCUCACCCAACAGGACAGGUAUGUAUGUGCAGUAACCAGAGACGUCCUCGCUAACAGUGUUCCCUGCGCUGUUCUGCGACCCUCGGGUGCAGUGGUGACUCAGGAGUGUGUGGAGAAGUUGAUCAAGAAGGACAUGAUCGAUCCUAUGACGGGAGAAAAACUGUCUGACAGAGACAUCAUACCACUGCAGAGGGGUGGAACUGGCUUUGCUGCCUCAGGGGUUGACCUCAGUGCCAAAGAGGCUCGUCCAGUGAUGCAAGUGUGAGACAAUGGAAGAUCUGAGGAAUGCGUGAACAUGUGUCCAAGACACACACUCCGAUGGCCUGUCAUUUGCUGGCAUAUUUUUACUCUUCCCGAAGCAUUUUUUUUUUUUUUUCAUUUAAUAUAAAAGUUAAAUAAAUGGUUGAAUACCUUUUUUACAUUUUGAUUGUGCUUUCAAUGACUAUGUACAUACAAGACAAAACUCUUGAUCUGAAGUUUGCCCUUCACACAUAAACAACGCAGGAAAUUCUCUUCUCAGACAUGUUCACAACAAUAAAAAAAUCACUCAAUCAAUAAAAUGUUAUAUCACAAUUUAUCUCAAAGGGCUUAACAAGGUGCGACAUUCUCUGCUUUUAACCCUCAACAAAAGUAAGGAAAAAUUAAAGGGGGGGUAAAAAUAUUGAAACUUAAUAGAGCGAGCCACAUGUAAGGGAUCCCUCUCCCAGGACAGACAGAAGUGCAAUAGAUGCCACGUGUAACUGAGAACGUCAGCAAAAUAACAGCAUUUUAUUGAUCGGAAGAAACCGUUUGUAGCGUUAUGGAAAGUGUGUCUACGUUUAAAGUAUUUGUAGUUAUUGUCAGUAAUGGUAGAGUAUGUAUAUAGGCAUAUUGUAUAUCAAGCAGUCUUGUAAAUAAUAGUCCAUGAUCAACUGCCUACACUAUAAGAUACACUACCACUAUCCACAAUCAACGGGCAACAAGAUCCAUGAUCUGCCAUCUGAUUCAUGAUAUACCAAUCAUAAUCUACGAUGUAUUUGCAUUAGCGAUCCUGGAUCGCAAACGAUAAAGCACAAGGACUACGGGAAGAAGUCAAGUCAGUAACGUAUUGAUGAGACAUUAAUCUGAUAAAGAGGGAGAAGAAGAGGAGCUUGGUGAGGAGAAGAAUUUUAAAUUAUAUUCUUGUAUUAACCGGAAGCCAGUAUAGCAAAGCUAAUACAGGAUAAAUGUGUGCUUUUUUCCUGGUUCUUCUCAGGACACAUGCUGAAGCAUUUUUGACAAGCUGCAGAGUCUUUAACAACUUACUGCUGGAGCCUGAUAAUAAGGAAUUGCAAUAUCAAAUCUGGAUGUAACAAAGGCGUGGACAAAUGUUUCUGCAUCUUUUUGAGAUGCUACGCAAGUGAAAGAAGGCGGUCCUAGAAAUUUGUUGUGUGAGAAUCAAAGGAAAAAUCGGGAUCGAAAAUCACUCCCAAGUUCCUGACUGUUUCAUAGGAAGCAAGGGCAAUGUUGUCUAGCGCAGCUAUAUCAUCAGAUAAUGCAUUUCUAUGGUUUUAUCUGCAUUUAAUAAGAGAAAAUUGCUGUUCAUCCAGGUUUUUAUGUCCUUCAAACAUGCUUGAAGUUGAGUUCAUUGAUUACAAUAUUCUAGUUUUAUUAUUAGGUACAACUGAUUGUCAUCUGCAUAGCAGCGAACAUUUACAGAGUGUAUCCUGAUAAUGUUUCCUAUUGGAAACAUGUAUAAUGUGAAUAAAAUAGGGCCGAGCACAACAACACAGAAAAUCACCCGAGUGUUAAGGCGAGACGUAGUGCAGCAUUUAGAGGCAGGAUGUAACAUAUUAAUCCUGCUGCGGAGAUCACAUUUUUGUCUACAUGUAUUGCACAGGUUUUUCAUCCAGAUAUAUUUGCUCUAAUUGUUUUCUUUAUUUAGUUUUGUUAGGCUGGCGUGUUCGUAAUGAAGAAAGUCCAUAGGCUCUCUCUGAUAUUUGCGUUCAUAUAUAUACAGCCCCUCUGGAGAAUUUCUAGAGGAUCUAGAGAGUUCAGAGCAUGUCUGAAAGCAGCUUUAGAUUCAGUAUCAAGCACUAUGAAAUGAAUAAAAAGUUACAUUCAAAUUUCUGAACCAUAUUAUUCUAAAGCCUGGCCAAAUAUAAGAUCCUGAUGACGGGGUGAAUCUGACCAUCUGAGUUGACUCGGUUUAGCUGUCCUAUAUUAUGAUAAGGGUCCAAACUUAGAAGGAUUACACUAGUAAUUACUUACCCUUUCAGACAGGCUCUGGUUUAAUCUACUGCAUGUGAGUCAGUGUUUGUGGGUGAAAGAGAGUGUGUAUUUCUUUCGUUGUGAGGGAAAAUUUUAGUUCAAAACCACUUUUAUGAGUACUGGCCAAAACGUCCUCACAACCAAAAUUUGUCAAAGGGCUGCUCAGUUUUAUUGUUCAGGUUCAAGUUUAACUUAUGCAAGGUUGGGUAUGGGUUAGGUAUUAAGCUGUGAAGGUUAAGGAUAAAAGGGGUAAGGAAAUGCAUUUUAUAAAUGAGUGUCCUUGCAACUUUGGAAAGACAAAUGUGUCAGGGUAAGAUGUCCUUCCAUAGCAGUCUUUAAAGCAGAUAGAGGUAAACAUUAUAAGACUAUUAAUAUGAAUCACUCUAAUUUCAAGUGAUUUACAUUAAACAUACCCAUGACUGGCAGUGUUUAUUGUUUGCUGGAGAUUUAAUUUAAUAUCCAUGGGUUGUUUUGAACAGUUUCUGAACAUUAACCACAGUCCUCAGCAGGGUUGCCUUGUCUCUGAAAGAAGAAACAAACAAGAGCCGCUUGAAAUCCCAAAGAGACUAAUCUACAAUAUCGAUUAUUCUUAUUCACAGUUCAUCGUGGUCAUCCACCCUCAUGCCUCCAUAGUCAGUGAUGGUGCUGGUCUUGAUGUAGUCAAUCUUGUCCAAUAGCUCGGACAGAGAGAGAUGGCCAUCCUGACGAGCAGAACACAUCAUUAGUAGGAUAUAAAAGCCUUGACUGGCAAGAGAGGAUCACCACUCUGCUUAUGUUCAUGCAUCUAAAUAAACCUGAAAAUCCUGUGAACCUGAUGACCAUUCAGCCAUAGAUAUAUAUAUAUAUAUAUAAAGGCUAGAUGUCUAGAUUGGGCGGUGUGGCCUAGGGGGUAGAGUGGGCGUUCUCCAACAUGAAGGUUGCCGGUUCAAUCCCCAAUCUUCCCCAUCUGCAUGCCGAAGUGUCCUUGGCAAGAUACUGAACCCCUAAAUGGCCCCUCAUAAAAUGUUGAGUGUACUAAAAAUUUAAGUAUCUUUGGACAAAAGCGUCAGCUAAAUGACAUGUAAAGUCUCAUCCAACAGAGUCGAAUGUCCGCACAUGGCGCCCAAAGUACAUGUACCACUACCAACACAAAUUUAUGGGUGAGCGAGCCGCCUGUGGCAAAAUGGCGGCCAUGUGCGGACGUUCGACACCGUUGGCCGGCAACGUGGACGAGACAUCUAGCCUUUAUAAAUAUAUCUAUGCAUUCAGCACUAAAGUACCAAGUUAGGUUUCAGAGAGCCCUUGUUGAUUGGUGUUUGGUGUUUUAUUGACAAAUGCACAUUUGUUCUCACCAAUAAUUUUAGCUAAUAAAACUACAUCCUUAGAUUCAAUAGUCUGACAAUAUUACAAUACAUAGAUGCUUUUAGUAAUGACAGUCAUUUCACUGCUUGGGUUUAUUACUCCUAACAAUUGCACAGUCUCAUAUAUUUUUUUAGGACCUUGGGAAUCGCCGAUAUUUAAAUAUUUAAAUAUCGGCGAUUCUGCACAAUACUUUGAUGUGUUCCAGUUACUAAUUGCACAUAGAACAAUUUUUGUGUGUCAGGCAUCUGUUUUUUCAAGACGGUAUUUUAGCAUCAAACGCCAUCCCACGUGAUACUCUUACUGUGGUUCAAGACUUACCCUCCGCAGGAAAUAAGUGUGCGUGCAAAAGCGCCGUCAGAUUCAUGACACAUGGGUGCCAGCCGAUUGAAUCGGAAUCAUACUAAACCGCUCUUUGAACUUAGCAUACUGCCAUGCCUCUAUUUCUCCAUAUAAGGACACAACAUCAGAAAUUGAAGGCGCAGGUGGUGGAAGACACAAAAGACACACUUUUUUGUAGCAUGUCCUCAAGAAUGACAAUGUUCGUCUCAGUGUACUUCCAAGUUCGGCCUGUAUCAUUGUAUCAUUGAUUACAAGGCAAAAACCCCUGUUGACACUAAAGGCUGAAUUAUAGUCCUGCGACUGCAACCGCGGAAGGCCACGCAGCUGCAUCGACGGACUCGUUUUGGUUUAUACUUCUCUAACGUGCUGCGCGUGUUGCAACGCAAUUCACCGCCAGAACCCUAGGCGGAGUAACGUUUUUUUUCAAAGACAAAACACACAAAGAAGAGACGUCUUCUUCUUCGUCAACUGUUUAUUUACAUCGCCACUCCGGCUCCUCAUAGCCCAUUUCUGGCGGACAAAUCGGCCAGUCAGUGACGGGUUAUACAAGUGGUCAUACUUUCGGAUCUCUACUGACAAGUGCUCUUCUAUUUGGUCCAUAUUCGUUCUUCUAAAUCUUCCGUGAUUUCCGCGUAUUGUGGGGCAUGAAACCGGAAACUAAACUCCGGACAGGAUGUAGUAAGCAGACCAAUCACAAGCCUUGCGGGCUGCGUGAGGCUCGCGUCGCUUUGUCGUGUAGUUAGAAAAAUUGGCGGACGCACGCAAGCCCGCAGAGGGCAUGAAAGGGGCCUGUUGCGUGUCUUGCGUGCAUGCGUGCGUGCGUGCAACCCGACUAUAAUUCGGCCUUUAGACGCAAAGGGAAUUUAUGACACAUGACACACAGAGCUUCUCUUUCCAGCUUCUCCUUCCUCUUCUUCAUCCCUAUCACAUCGAAGUAAGUCAUAUCUCAUCAGUACAUGUUACUGACUUGACCCCUUCCCCGAGUCCCUUUGCUUUAUCUUCCGCAGAUCCGUCCCGCUGUGGCCGCACCAUGGAUUACGAUUGUGGAUCGCGCAUCAGAGGUCGCAAUGGUGGAUCCAGUACGGCGGAUUCUAUAUCUUGCAGGCUGAUCGUAGUGGUAAUGGCGGAUCCUGUGUCGCGUUGGCAUCAUAUAAUGAUGGUGGACCACGACCGAGGUCGGCGGCUGAUGAGGGAUCCCAAUAAGCGGCAGUUGACAAUGACUGGACUAUAGUGGAUCCGAUCUGGAUGGCGGAUCAUGAUCUUGCUGGCUGCUGAUCAUAGACUAUGAUUGCAGCAGGACUGCAAGACAUAUAGUAUUGAAGUUAUCCUUCAAAAUGUUUACCCUCAUCAAUGCUGCUAAAAACUUUAAUCUUGAUGAUGUUUUCCUACACCUGACAUCUAUUGCACUUCUGUCCGUCCUGGGAGAGGGAUCCCUCACAUGUGGCUCUCUGAGGUUUCUAUGUAUUUUUACCCUGUUAAAAGGGUUUUUAGUAGUUUUUCCUUACUCUUGCUGAGGGUUAAGGACAGAGGAUGUCACACCAUGUUAAAGCCCUAUGAGACGAAUUGUGAUUUGUGAAUAUGGGCUAUACAAAUAAAAUUUGAUUGAUUGAUUGACUUAACAAUUUUAUUUUUGUGACCCACCUUGUCACUUUGCUCUGUGAAAGGAACAUGCAUUUUACUUGCUUAACGACUGUUUCUGUAGACAAUCUAAGUUGGUGUAUUGGCAGUUUGGGUCAGUAAAUAGAACUUGGCACAGUUUCGGUUCAGCCCUACCCAAAAAAAUUUGAUGGACUUUGAAUCCUCGUGGAUUUUAAAGUGGUACCAUUAAAAUUUGACAGUCUUGUGUCAAGUCACUUGCUUGUUUUGGAAAGCUUCUGAGUUCCACAAUUGUGCAAAUUAAUUUACACCAUGUGAUGCAGCUGCAAGAUUCUGUAUGAGUGAAUAUUUCAACCUGAAAUUGCAUUUUGAUUGUUCAAUCGUCCAGCCUAUUAAAUUACAACAAACAUUAAUAAUUAAUAAAUGUAAAAAAUGUUGUUGAGUCACAUUCAAUGCGCACUUAAUGUUGGACACCCACCUAAUAUUGUGCUUCAUGUUUACAUGACUACAUCCCAUAAUUUCUGCAGAUUUGUCAGCUGCACAUUCAUCCUCGGAUUUAUGAAGUCAUGUUUACAUAACUAUGUUAAGAUAUAGUAAAGAUCUAAACAAAAACCUCUCGGCUUUACUUUCACUAAUCAGGGUUUUGGUUCAGAAACAAAUGAUUUGCCGUUAAACUAACAAAUACUUUUCAAGCUCUAGUGAAAUUUUUUAUUUAUUAAUUUACUUUGUUGAUUUAUGUCUUGUUAAAGGGGAAGAUUAUAUAACAUAAUUUGUUCUGCUACUUUUCAUUUAAGUUUUGAGUUUUGUGUUUGCAAUUUAAUUGAUUUGUUUGGUUGUUGAAUGAAAUAAACGUUUAUUUAUAUAAACAGUAGGGGAGAGCGGGGUAAUGUGAGAAUUUUUUUACAUUUGCUCCCCUCUAGGCGAGCUAAAAUGAUAUAUCAGUAAAAUGUACACAUUUCCCAUUAAUUCAGGAUGUUUCCUAGCAACGGAAAUGAUCAGAAUGUCUUCAGGACAAAGGGCAGUGAAAAUAUGAGUGUUUUUAAAAAAGUGGUCUUGUGUCUCACUUUACCCCAGCUUAGGGGAAUGACUCUUUUGAGGGUUGUCUUGUCAAUAUUUCUAUCCCUUCCAGCUUUUCUUAAGGACUUCUCAAUCUCUGCGAGGGGUGUUUGGCCCCAGGUUGUCUUCCUGGUGUAGUUUCUUGGCAUGAUGGCUUUUCUACAAUGUUUAUGACAUUAAAAAAAAAAACCUAUGUAAUGUAAUAUUACACUAAAAUAUGUUUAAGACUAAACUUAACUUGUGCUUCAUGUCUCACUUUACCCCGAAGCCAACAUUAUAGAAAAAACGACAACUUUUAGCAAUUCAGGCUAAUCUUCACCUAGCAUCAAUCACAUGGUUUUAUAUGUUGGAAGUUCAUCAACAUGUAUGAUAUACAUUUUUCUACCUGAAUCAAUUUGUUUUCACACAACAGUUGAUUAAGUUCAAAGCAAGAAAAGUUACUUUUACAUGCAAAAAACACAUUUUUGUGAAAAAACAUAAUUACCACAGCACCAGCACCAAUUUCUCCUUCAUGGCAAGGGGGGAAUGGGAAGUGCUUGAAAACAUAAUGGUCACAUGACCACAAAUGUGUACCGUUGCCUAGAUACAGGGGGUGUCUCACAUUACCGAUGUCUCACAUUACCCCGCUCUCCCAUAUAUAUAUAUAUAUAUUUCACUGGUGUAGAAAUUGUGCUUUGGUACAGAAAUCAGUAGCUGUUACACUAGAGCAAAGCUCAAUGGGCACCAAUCACCAACCAUUCUUAAGAAUAAAUUAUUUCUUAAAACCUACUUGUGCAGUUUUUACAAAGACUCUGACUUUCAUCAAUGGGAAGUCCACAAAACACUUUUGGAGUUUCAGUGGUAAAGUGCAUUGCAGCCAAAUCCAAUACAAUUGAAGUAAAUGGUGAACGAUUGUUCAAACUACAGAAAAAAAAAAUGCCUUCAUACUGCUCAUGUGAAGGCAUUUCCAUAAGCCCCGAAAUUGAUCAUCGAAUCUAAACUGCGCAAUUUACACCAUGUUCUUAGUGUAAAUGUCCUCUGCAGCUGCGUACGCACAUGGAUCACAGUGAGUCGAAAUGAAUGAGGUAACCAAUUACUUCAAUUUUAUAAUUUGCCUCUGAGACUCCAAAAUGGUUUUGUGGACUGAUACACUUCCCCCACCGCUCCAUCAGCAUAGUGGUGAGUAGAUGAGUGAAUUUAAAUGUUUUUAUGAACUAUCCCUUUAAAAUGUUCUCUCUAAGUGUAGCCUGUUAAUUCUGAAAACAGAGUUUAUUUCUGUUCUGAAAUGAGCAAUGCCUCAGGAAAUGCAACAGGUCUGUGGAUGCUGAGCUCCUUGUGUGCAUGCCGCGCACCAAGCGGAACUUGAACCCGAAUGUUAUUGAAAAUCUUUUGUUUAAACCUGACCUGGCAUGUCUGGACCUAAUGGGUCCAUCAGGCUCAGGUCGAGUAUCCACAGGUGCUCAGCUGAGGGUUCACCCGCUGUGCUGUGUUUCCAAUGAUGAGCUGCUCCAACUCAUAACUCUGUGCACUUUCCUUUUCUCUUUCCUUGCCCCUCUCUCUUCUGUGUUUGAAAAUUUAAAUUUUUUCUUAAAAUACCACAAAAUACGAUACCAUAGUUCUUUUUUAGCUCCAUCUAUUCCUGUUACAGGAUACCACUGCUUAGUCUGGAUACCAACACUGGAAUCUACAUCACUGAUAUAAUAGUGAUAUUAUUUAAGAAAUGCAUUUAUUUAAAAAAAGCAAUGAGCAUUACACCUGAGGUAUACUGAAAAAUAUGAAAAUUUCAUGAUGUGAUAGCAUAAUUUCAUGGCUAUACAAUUCGGCUAAAGAUUGAUAGGUAUUAGUACUGACCAAGCAUCACUACAGCAAUUAGAAAAGCCACAACGGAAAAGCCAGGACUCUGAAAUGCAGAAAAACAAUAUUCAUACUACAUUGUACAGUAAUGCCUCAAGAAUAUUAUUGCAAAAUAAAAACUACAAUUGUUUGAAUUUUUUAUUUUUAUUUUAUAGACAGAAGCCCCAAAAUUUCAAUUAAAACCAUUGAUCUUCAAAUCCCCUCUUUUUGUUUGUUUCCAUUGUCUGUUUCAUGUACUUUAACAACAAAUGGUCACAUGCAUUUUUGGUUAUGUAAACACAAGGUUCUCAGUUAAACCCACAUUUUGAAAUGAACCACAGAAUGUUUUUUUUCCAUUCGACAAUAUUAUACUUAUGAGGAUAGACAUCUCAGUAAACAGUCUAAUACAGUGGCCUCAAACCUGUCGAUCGCUAUUUACUGGUAGAUCUCUAAAACUCUCUGGGCUCUGGCUGCAGAUCAGCUGUGUAUCGGUUGUCUGU